GACAAAGGUGAGUUGAGACCACAACCAUGGCUGAGUGCGAAUCAAACGUGACGGAUUUGGAGGACAGAUUCAACAGAGCUAGCAAGUAUAUGCAAUCACUAGUAUGGGAUUUAGAUGCGGAUAAAUUGCUCACAUUGUAUGGUUUAUACAAGCAAGCCACCGUCGGCCCUUGCGACAUCUCGAGGCCCAAUUGGUACCAGAUGCAGGCCGUGCGCAAGUACGAGGCGUGGAAGAAACUCGAGGACAUGAGCCAGAAGAUUGCAAUGGCGAAUUACAUCGACAUCAUCGCGAGGCUGAAUCCAUCGUGGGAAGAGGAGGCGAAGUUCGACGAGUCCCGCGGAUGGACCUCCGUCAGCAAGUUACCCAACACAGAUGCGGCGUUGAAGGACACGGAGAAGACGUUCUUGGACUGGUUGAAGGAGGGCAAUGAGGCGAGGGUGCGGGAAAUGGUGAGCAAGGAACCCGGACUCGCGGAGUGGAAGGACGAAGUCGGUUUGUUACCCAUACACUGGGCCGCGGAUCGAGGCCACGUUGGAAUCUUAAAGUUUCUGGUCGAGCAAGGCGCGGACCUAAAUUCCCUCGAUCUCGAGGAGCAAACGCCCCUUCACUACGCGGCAUGCUGCGGUCAUGUGGAAGCAGUGAGGUACUUACUUUCGAUCGGGGCCGAUACAUCGAAAAAAAAUGGAGAUGGUAUGACACCCAAAGAUAUCGCCAUUGACGCGACUAAGGAUCUCUUCUGCUAACGCUAUCUACCGUAGUUCUUGUGUUACACAUGCACACAAUAUGAUAACGAUUGUUACUCUGUUUGAAUAUAUUAAUAAAUUUUCGAUGGAUUAAUAA